AUUUUGUCCUCAAGUUAUUGUACUCCAUCUUCUAUGAAUGGUUGAUCAAUGCAUAAUCAUGUUUUGUUAUUUUCAUAACUCAUUGUGUCUUCCUUGCUACUUUGCUAUUAUAGAUUAAAUAAACUGAAGAUAAUGAUGCUAAUUAAUGAAAGCCACCUUGAAGAAUUUAUCCUAUUAGGUUCUGCUGAUCAUCCUUGGCUGGAGCUUCCUCUCUUUGUUCUUCUUCUGAUAACAUACCCUAUGGCCAUGAUGUGAAACAUCGUCAUCAUUCUGGUGUCCAAGUUAGACCCUGGGCUCCACAGACCCAUGUAUUUCUUCAUCACCAACCUCUCCUUUUUGGACAUGUGUUAUACCACAAACAUUGUCCCUCAGAUGCUUGUUAACCUGGGAAGCUCUAAAAAGAUAAUCAGCUACAUGGGCUGUGCAGUUCAGCUCUAUUUCUUCCACAUAAUGGGUAGCACAGAAUGUCUGCUCUUGGCUUUUAUGUCCUUGGAUCGCUAUGUGGUCAUCUGCAGGCCUCUCCACUAUGCCCUCAUCAUGAAUCAGCAAAUCGGCAUCCUACUAGUAUCCACUGUGUGGCUGAGUGGAAUGACUUAUGCUGUCUCAGAGGUCACUGUUACAUUACAGUUGCCACUCUGUGGUCUCAACAAACUGGAUCACUUGUGUGAGAUUCCUGUUCUGGUAAAGACUGCCUGUGGUGAAAAGAAAGCGCAUGAGCUCAUGCUCUUUGUGGUAUGUACUUUCAUGUUAACUGUUCCAUUCUGCUUAAUUCCUGCUUCUUAUGCUUGUAUUGGACAUGCUGUGUUAAAGAUUAAGUCUUCUGAGGGAAGGAAAAAGGGCAUUGGGACAUGUUCUUCCCACCUCAUAGUAGUUUUAUUAUUUUAUGGCCCAGGCACCAGCAUGUACCUUCAGCCUCCUUCGUCCAUCACAAGGGACCAACCCAAGUUCAUGGCUCUCCUCUGUGGAGUGGUGACUCCUACACUCAACCCCUUCAUCUACACCCUUAGAGAUAAGGAUAUGAAAGGGACGUUAGGUUAUCUGGUGAGGAGGAUUUUCAGUUCCAAGUGA